UCCACAAUCUUUGCUGGUUUUCAGUGGCAAUAAGAGCGUACAUGGUUUAUAUGAUUUCUUGUUAAAUUAUAGAUCUUUCUUGACCUUCUUAGCUGGUAUGGAUGUUCCUUUAUUGUGUUCACCUGUACCAUUUCAGAAUGCUGCUCUAUCUACUCCAGAGGUAAAGUGCAUGGAGUGGAAAAGAGCAGAUCAUCCUAAAGAAUCCAGUGACGGUGGUGAACAUGUGCUCGGUUCAUCUGCUGGCCUCUGCUAUAGCAUUGAAAUCAAGGAUGCAUAUCUUCCACCAUGGAUUAUACGUAGUAUGUGUGCAGUAAUGGGUUCUGAAGAGGGCCCAAAACUUGAAGAGGGCAGCUCUCCACAUGAUGAAACCAAAGUCUACUGCCCCGAGAGGACCAUGACCAAAACAAUGUCUCCAAAAUCAAAAUGA